GCGAAAAAUCUCCACUCAUAAUGGUUACGGAUUACUGAAAACAUUUGACUGCGGUUAUGUCCAGUUUGUGAUUUCAGACCCUACAUAAUGCUAUACUUGUUUCUUGACCGGUAGGUUAGUGAUUAAAAAGCUUUUAGCUAACAGCAGGUCACAGGUUCGAACUCCAUUCCACAUCAUCCAGUUUUGGUAACCAGGUAGUAAAAUUAUGGCUCGCACAAAUUGUAUUUCUUUUAUCGACUCAUUUGUUUGGUAUAGAUUAGUUUUCAAAGCCUAUUCCCCUACUUCAGCUUAGAUAGCUAGAUUGCUAUCAUUAUUUCUCAUACUUAGACUGGGCUUGAAAGCCAAGUGUACAACUAUGUACCUAAUAACUGACUGAAUAAAAUAAAAAUUCAGGUAUCUCCUCUUCCGCUGCACAUUCGAAACUUAUCCACAAUCGAUUUUCAUAUUUUCUCUGAUAACUUUGAUCAUAUAUAGAGAUUUAACUAACAAAGACAGAUUACAUUGUAAUAUAUGAAUAUUUAAUUGUAUUCGUUGUAAUGAAAGUAAACGAGAAAAAUUUUUUUAAGCCCAUUUUUGUUUUAAACGUCCUCUUAUCAGUGUGAUGUUUAUAGUACAGUCUAUGUAAUCUCUUCAUGUAGUUAUAUUACUAAUUUCAAAAUAAGCCAUUUACAAUGCAAAAUAUAAUAUUUUGUACUAUUAGUAGUGAAAUGACAGAAUAAUGAUCGUUACUACCAAAGGUCAUUUUAGUGUUGUCGAAUUUAACCUAAAAUUUGCAAUAUAUACGUUUCUGCUUCAUUCAUAUAUAACUUCAGACACUGCGUCAAGAAUUAUGUGAAAAAUACUUAUUUUUAAAAAAAGGUUAGUGAGUCAAGUAAGGAUAGUAGUGACGAACAAGUUUGAGUUUAUUGACUCUUAUUUACUCAUAAAAUAAUGGUCAAAUCGAAUGAUUCACAAAUGUUCUAUACCUAGUACAAAAAAACAAUAUCUGGGUCUUAAAUUUAUAAGAUUAAUGGUAAACCAUAUGAAAUCAUGAACGGGAAAUAUGACAAACUAUUAGCAUAUACUUGGAUGGUAUAUGUUGUUAAGUAAUUACAUGUUUAUAGUUUACACUAUUUUUUCUGUUUAAUUGGUAGUUGGUCAUUUAUUGCUAUAGUGGCCAAUAUCAUGUUGAUCGAGUUCGUUAGAUCAAGUCACAACAUUAACUGUCCACAAGUGCCCUGUUACGACUGAGGGAGUGGGAGAGUCCGCUCACAAAAUAUUGUCAGUUUUGAUUAAAAUGAGAAUUCACUCUAUUAAAACAAAGCAGUCAAGUAAGGAAACAAAUGCCCUGGCACAGCUGAGGGUAGGGAGAGUCAGCUCUCCCUCUCCAAAUACUCUCAUAUGGCCACGUGCAUACAACCACUGUUAGGGAAGUCCUACUUACUGCCUUCUCGCGGCGAGGGUGUUAUUUACGAAAUUGAGAGGAUGGAAAGCGAAUGUCUGGCGCUUUAACCGAGUCGGUGGUUACGAAGGACCCAUCUAGAGAUGUUGGAAAACUCUGAUUCCGAACCAAUGGUGCACAUGGGCUCCAAGAUCCUGAGGGAAUAUAUAGAGUACGAACCUAUUGUCGGUCACCGGCUACCAUGGGACAGCAUCUCCUGACGUUGCUCCACUGCCUUGUGGAUUAGACUUCUGGGUUAAAGGCUCAUGGAUUGGCCCCUUAAGAAAACCCUCAUGCUUCGGUUUAGGUACCCAGACAGUCUCUCCCAGCCCUCACACAUCGAAUGGUUUAUGUGGCGCAUAUGUAUUUGGUGCCUCCUUGUACCAAUGUUUAUGUGUUUGAAUAAAUAAAUACAUUUUAAACAUGUCUGUAGUUUUGCUCAAGCCGAUCAGACAACUGCAUUUUAUCCACAUCCAUAUCUGAAACCAACCUAGUUUUCUUGGGUUCGCUAUUAACGAAUGUUAGUUAAGCGUCGGACGAUUACUGAAUCUAGUAUUUUAGGCACUCUAUUAGUCAAACGAAUUUCUGGUCUGACCUUAGUCGAAACCGUUCAGAUGGGAUUACGUUCAGUUCCCAAAUACUAGCUAAUAUAUUAGUCAUUUUCAUUAAUAAAACUAGACCAUCACCUGUUACUGAUCUUUAAAGUUAAUUUAUCAGGUUCCAUUGGUUUUCCUCGCCUCAAAUAAGGUAUGACUUUAUCAAUUUCUUCAAAAUAAUAGAUAGUUUACGUCGAUUGUUUGAAAGUAGUAUGUAACUCAAGGUCAGUAAGAUUGUUCUUUGAAGUGUUCUCCCUAUCGUUCCAAUCGUUUCGUAUUGUGAGUCGAUUAGAGUCCUGUCUUUUUGGAGAUAGACUAUAUAUAUAUAUUAUUGUAUCAACUACUAAAUUAUCAGUUUAAUUAAAAUGUUUCAUCUCUAAUUUUAGCUUCAUUGAAUAUUUCAAAGUGAACAGCAAUUACUCUACAUAAUAAUAUUCAUAACAUCUUUAACAUUGAACCAUCAAAUUGUGAUCAAUUCAAACAUUGAAUCUAUUUUUCUUCCUGUAAUUCAUCUAAACAGAAAUUGGAAAAGUUAUACUGUUGGUAGUAGUAGUAGUAGUAGUAGUAGUAAUAGUCGGUAUAAUUCACAAAAAAAUGACGGUUGACUUUCUAUCAUGUGGAACAUGUUUUGUUACUUUUCGCCUCUCUGAUAUUAAUAUGUUUAUUGAGCAUAAAAAAGCAAGUUGUUGUUUCUUGAAAUCACCGUUUACUUCAAAUUUAGAAAAUAACAAAUAUCCUUCAUUGUUACCAUCAUUAACAUCAUCAUCAACAUCGUCGUUUUCUUCUUCACCUCCAUUGAUGACAUUAUCAUGUUCAAAUGUUAUGGACAAUAUUAGUAAUAAUAAUAAUAAUAAUGAUAAUAAUAAUAAUAAUAAUACUUUAUUAGAAUCACAAAAUAGUAAUACUACCUUUUUAAAAUGUGUUCAAUGCUCUCGUAAAUUCACAACUCCAUGGACAUUUUUAAUGCAUGUUCAAGUUGAACACCAAUUAAUAUUUAUUGAUACAAUUGGGAAAUUUUCUAAAACAUAUGAACAACAAUUAAAAAAUACAUUAUCAUCAAAUGUUGAAGAAUUAUUGAAUGAAACUAAUGUUAAUAACAAUGAUUUUAAUGUUGAUGUUGAUGAUAAUGAUGAUGAGGAUGACGAUGAUGAUGAUGAUGAGGAUGAUCAGUGUGAAAAUGGUGUACUGCAUACAAUUGAUAAAUUACUCUCAGAAAAAGUGAACAAUUCCGAUUCUGAUACAACAAUUACUUCUACUAUUACAAAUGAUGAUAAUAAAUAUAUUAGUCCUAAUAAUAAUAAUAAUAAUAAUAAUAAUAAUAAUAAUAAUAAUAAUACAAAUAGUACUACUGAUACACCUACUAUUACAAGUAACACUGCUCAUACCGAUAACAGUAGUAGUAUUAGUAUUAAUAGUAACAGUCAUAAUGCAUCAACACAAACUUAUCUAACUGGAAUUAAACAACACAGUAUACCUCAUAGAAAACGUAAAUAUGUUAGUUGUUGCAUAGGUGAAUCAACAGUGACUUGUAAUAGACUUAACAAUAUGAAAACUUGUUCAAACGUGAAAAGUUGUAAUCUUACACUUUCAUCGUGUUGUAAUAAUUUAUCCACUGGAAUAUGUCCAUAUAAUCUUAAUAGCAAUAAUAAUAAUAAUGAUAACAGUAAUAAUAGUAAUAGUAACAAUAAUGAUAAUAGUAGUAAUGGCAGUUCUAUGAAUUCUGAUAUAUAUGUCAGUGAUUAUUGUUGUACUACUGGAUCAAUUAUUUGUAAACCGACAACAUGUUCAAAUUUAUUAAAUACUAAUGAAAUAGUUGCACAAGAUACAUCAAGAUGUACUGCAUCUACGGCAAUUGUUAGUUGUUGUAUGCGUAAACUUGUCUGUUGUACAUCAACACCGGUAACAUUACCAAUAUGUUGUGAUCGAUCAAUGCAAAAUGAAAUUAAUAAUAAUAAUAAUUUUAUUAUUCAAGAAACAAAAACUACCAAUACUGCUCGAAUUACAUGUUGUCCUUGUUCACCGAAAAGAUCAAUAAUCAGUCAGUCAUCUGAAGUACAAACUGAUUUCGAUCCAGAAUUCAGUUAUUCUGAUUAUGCUGAUUUAGCAAUGUUAUUAAAUGCAGCUACACCGACAACAAUUACAAGUCCAUUAAAUUCAAUAUUAUCACCACAAUUACCAUUAUUAUCAGACAUGAUCAUACAACAAUCAUCAUCACCUCCAACAUCACCACAACAACAAAAUAAUGAUAAUGAUGAAUAUUAUCAAAAUAUUGAAUUACAUUUAAAAAAUGACAUAAUUAAUAAACCUUAUAUUAAUGUAAAUAGUAGUAAUUCUAAAAUAAAUGAUAAUUAUUUACCACAAAUUGAUCAUAUCAAUAAUACAAAUACAGAUAUCAAUAAUGAUACUUCAAUUAUAUUGAAUAAUUCCUCAUCAUCAUCAUCAUCGUCAACAAUAACGACAACAAAUGUUGACAUAGAUGUAACAAUGAAAUCAAUGCCUGUUUCAUCUGGAAAUGCUGUAAUUACAUCGAAUGUUAAUAAUAAUGAUAACAUGAUCACAUCCACUGCCAAUGUUAUCUUUCAAAUGCCAACAAUAAUGCAUACAAAUUUGAUUGCUUGUCCUAAUAUUGAUAAUAAAAGUAAUGAUAACAAUAAUGUCAAUAAGUAUUACUGUGAUUCAAUUCCACCAAGACGUUAUAUCUGUCGUGAUUGUGGUACAUCAUUUCGUCAAAAUGUUCACUUACGUAAACAUAUCAUGAUACAACAUACUAAAGUAAAACCAUUCAGUUGUCCUUAUUGUCAAUAUACAACUGUUGAAAAAAGUCAUCUUACUGUACAUAUACGUACUCAUACAGGUGAAAGACCAUUUAGUUGUCGUGAAUGUAAUUAUUCAUCCGCUCAAAAUUGUACAUUAAAAUCACAUUAUUUACGUAAACAUCCAACUAAUUUAAUUAAAUGUAAUUAUUGUUCUGAAUUAUUUUUUACUGAAUUAGAAUUAACUAAACAUCUACGUGGAUGUAGUUUAUCUUUUCGUCAACAGUAACAAAUUAUUAUUGUAAAUUGCAUUAUUUUUUUUUAAAAAAAAAAAGAAGAAAGUGAUAUUACAAUUGUAACUCCGGUGUAUUUUCUUCGUAGAAUCAUAGUAACAUGGUGUUAUUUGUACAGGUUUAGGCUAUUAUUAUUAUUAUUAUUAUUAU